AUGUUCGGUUUCUCGUCGAGUGAUCCGAUCCAGAAGGUUGCUGUGGAGGAGCUCGAUACCGUCUUCUCCGGCAACAGCAUCGACCUCAUCUCCAAGCCCCUCGGCUCCGAAAUCCUCGCCGUCUCCGACGAAUGGUUCGCCUCGGCCUCGAACCUCACGACGCGCACGCCGCCCAUCCGCAAGCCCGGCGUCUUCACCCACGCCGGCGCCUGGUACGACGGCUGGGAGACGCGGCGGCACAACCCCUCCGACUUCGACUGGGCCGUCAUCAAACUCGGCGUCGCGUCCGGCAAGUUCCGCGGCUUCGAGGUCGACACGGCGCACUUUUCGGGCAACCACGCGCCCGAGAUCGCGGUGCAGGCCUUCUUCGCGGGGAGCAACGACGACGCGGACGAGCUCGUCAAGGACGAAGGGUUCGGCGGGUGGGAGACGGUGCUGCCGCGGCAGGAGUGCGGGCCCGAUCGGCGGCAGGCCUGGCGGCUGGAGAAGGAGACGGAGAAGCAGUACACGCACGUGCGGCUGCAGAUGUUUCCGGACGGCGGCAUCGCGAGGUUUCGCGCGUACGGCGUGCCGGUGCCGGUGUUCCCGGAGGGGGCGGACGACACGUUUGAUUUGGCGGCGGCGAAGAAUGGCGGCCGCGCGGUGGGCUGCUCGGAUCAGCAUUUCGGGACCAAGGAUAACUUGUUGUUGCCGGGCAGGGGCGUGGACAUGGGGGAUGGCUGGGAGACGAAGCGGACGAGGGGCGAGCAUGUGGAUUGGGUGAUUGUGAGGCUGGGGACGCCCGGGGAGAUCGACAAGGUGGUGGUGGAUACGGCGCAUUUCAGGGGGAACUUUCCGAAGGAGUUUCAGGUGUUUGCGGGCGAGUUUGAGGGGCAUUCGUCGGAGCCGACGCAUGAUGAUGCUGGGUGGGUGGAGAUUUUGGAGCCGACGCCGGCGAGGCCGGAUGAGGAGCAUGAGUUUGAGGCGGCGGAUCUGAAGGAUGUCGCCGUCAAGGCGUACUCGCACGUCAAGCUGGUCAUCAUUCCUGAUGGCGGUGUGAAGAGGCUGAGGGUGUUUGGCAGGAGGAGGGCGUGGUAA